AAAAAAUGUUUAAAAUAGUUAAUAAUUUAUUGCAAUUAAAUUUAAGAUCAAAUAUACGACGUUUAAAACUUCAAGAUUGUGUUCGAAAUAUAUCAUCAAACAAUGUGAAUCCUGUAUUAGUUAAUUUAUCUGCAUGUAAUCAUAUUUUCAAUCAUAACCAAGUACGGCUUAAAUAUACUCAAAAAAGUAAAAAAUCUCAAAAAACCGAGGAACAUGAUUCAGAUGAAGAAAAUGAUUGGUCGAGUGAAGUUGAAAAAGAUGCAAAAAUUGUUAAAGCUAAUUUAAAUUCACUUCGAAUGGAUUUAGUUGUUAAAGCAGGACUUAACAUAGCUAGAAAUAAAGUGGAAAAUGCAUUUUAUGAAAAUAAAAUACGCAUAAAUGAAAAAAAAGUGGUGAAGAAAAGUGCAAACUUGCGUGUUGGUGAUGAAAUAGAUUUCAUACGUGGUUUUAGUAAAAAUAAUUCAAAUUUUUUAAUAGUAUCAAGAUUAAUUAUAUUAGAUGCGAUUGAAAAAGAUGAAAAUGUAACAGUUGUAAUGAAAAGAUUUAAAAGUUUACUCAUUGAAAAUUACAAAGACCCUUGGAAACAAGCAUCUACCUCUGAAGAUUAGAUAUUUUUAUUAAUUGUUUACUUUUUUUUUAAUUAAA